AUGGCCCAUGGGGCCACGCCGCCGUCCACGAACCAGUCCAAGUGCCCACUCACCAAAUUCUCAGGGCAGAACCAGGUCUCCGUCUCCCUCGGCGGAGCCAACAUGCACCUCCUCCUCCAGGCUCAACCGUCGCCCAUGACUCCAUCCUGUCGCUGCUGCGAGAAUACGACCCAGCCCGACCUGGACCCCCCAGCUGCCGUCCAUGCAUCGCACACGCUCCACUGA